CCCCUCCCUCCUCUCUCUCGCUCUCUGGCGUUAACCAGCGUUAUCUCUCUUUAACCCCUGCCAUCGUCCGCUGCACUCUUCUCGCCUUUAUUCUCAAGACAACAGACCGGGGAAACUUUUAACUCCUUUAACUCUGUUUUACCGGUUUGCGUGUGCGUGAGUGUGCUUCUCUCCGGUUCAUCGGCCAGAUGGAGGACUACCAUAAACCGGACCAGCAGACGGUGCAGGCGCUCAGGAACAUCGCCACUCGACUCCGGAUCAACUCCAUCAAGGCGACAACUGCAGCGGGAAGCGGUCACCCCACAUCAUGUUGCAGCGUGGCAGAGAUCAUGUCUGUGCUGUUCUUUCAUUCCAUGAAAUACCGACCUGAAGAUCCACGUAACCCCAACAAUGACCGAUUUGUCCUCUCUAAGGGUCAUGCAGCCCCAGUGCUGUAUGCUGUGUGGGCAGAGACGGGUUACCUGAAGGAGAAUGAGCUUCUCAACCUCCGCAAGGUCGACUCCAUCCUGGAGGGACACCCUGUGCCGAAGCAGCAGUUUGUGGAUGUGGCCACUGGAGCUCUGGGUCAGGGGCUGGGAGCUGCCUGUGGAAUGGCUUACACUGGAAAAUACUUUGACAAGGCCAGCUAUCGGGUGUUCUGCCUGUUGGGUGAUGGAGAGCUGUCAGAGGGCUCAGUGUGGGAGGCCAUGGCCUUUGCUUCGUACUACCAGCUAGAUAACUUGGUGGCCAUCUUGGACAUCAACCGUCUGGGUCAGAGUGAUCCAACUCCCCUGCAGCACCAUGUGGAGAAAUACCAGCGGCGCUGCGAGUCCUUUGGUUGGCAUGCCAUCAUAGUGGAUGGCCACAGUGUGGAGGAGCUGUGUAAGGCACUGAGUCAUCCGCGCCACCAGCCACUGGCCAUAAUCGCCAAGACCACUAAGGGCAAGGGCAUCCCAGCGGCUGAGGAUAAAUUGGGCUGGCAUGGUAAACCCCUGCCCAAAGACAUGGCAGAGAGCGUGAUCAAGGAGCUGCAGAACCGCAUCAUCAGUUGCAACAAGCGCCUCUAUCCUGUUCCCCCCAGUGAGGACACAUCACCCGUUAGCCUCCGCAACAUCCGCAUGCCGAGUGCACCCAGCUACAAACCUGGAGAUAAGAUUGCAACAAGGAAGGCAUACGGCAUGGCUCUGGCCAAGCUGGGCCGUUACAAUGAGCAUCUGGUGGUUCUGGAUGGAGACACCAAGAACUCCACCUUCUCUGAGCUCUUUAAAAACGAACACCCCAACCGUUAUGUGGAGUGCUACAUCGCAGAGCAGAACAUGGUGAGCGUGGCGAUUGGUUGUGCUGUACGAGACCGUAACGUGGUGUUUGCCAGCACCUUCGCCACCUUCUUUACCCGAGCCUAUGACCAGCUCCGCAUGGCCGCCAUCUCUGAGAGCAACAUCAACCUAUGUGGUUCCCACUGUGGCGUCUCCAUCGGUGAGGAUGGUCCCUCUCAGAUGGGUCUGGAGGAUCUGGCCAUGUUCAGAGCCAUUCCUACAGCAACUGUCUUCUACCCCAGUGACGGUGUUUCCACUGAGAAAGCUGUGGAGCUUGCCGCCAAUACAAAGGGUUUGUGCUUCAUCCGAACAAGCCGCCCAGAGAACAACAACAUUUACAACUGCAACGAAGACUUCCAUGUUGGGCAGGCUAAGGUUGUGUAUAAAACCAAUGAUGACUAUGUGACUGUGGUUGGAGCAGGAGUGACCCUCCACGAGGCUCUGAGUGCUGCUGAAAUGCUGAAGAAAGAGAGAAUUAACAUUCGUGUGAUCGAUCCAUUCACCAUCAAACCCCUGGACUCCAAGACCAUCAUCGACAAUGCCAGGGCCACCAGAGGACGCAUCAUCACAGUGGAGGACCACUACUAUGAAGGCGGUCUGGGUGAGGCAGUGUGCUCGGCGGUGGUGAACGAGACUGGCUUCACCGUCCACCGGCUGGCGGUCUCCCAAGUGCCCCGGAGCGGUAAGCCCCACGAGCUGCUCCGAAUCUUUGGCAUAGACCGCGACGCCAUUGCUCAAGCGGUCCGUAAGGUGCUCAGCAGCUCAGCCAAUGCCAAGUAGGAAGGCUGCAGGAGUGACAGCAGCAGGAACAACGUGGUAACUGACUCCAUGGUUAACUGGUUUCUUCCAUGGAGGCGCCAAAUAAACAAGUAAACCAACACAGGAGGAGGGGUAGCACGUCUGGCCCACUCACACUCUCCUCCUCAUAAACCAAUCCGAAGCAUUUGUUUAAAGUAAAAAAAAAAAAAUUUUUUUAAAUGACGGUACUAUGAUUUUUUUUCUCUGUCAUUAAUGUGGUCUGACACCCCCACCCCAGAUUUUUACCCCAUCACUUUGUGAGUUCAGUAAACACACUUCAUACCCCUUAACUCACAGAUUUCCACAUCUCCACCCUCUAGUUCCUUCCUACCUCAGAGAAAGUUCUGGUACUGCUGUAGUGUCUCAGUGAAAGCAGUGAACGUGGUUUGGAGUGACGUCAAGUCUUAUUAUCAUUUUCUGUGGAACCCCUCUCACAUCAUGGGCUCAGCGAUAUGAGCCUCUGCACCCAUUUACAACUUUGUAAAUCCCACCCCCACGUGAGCAAGCAGGGUGUGGAGAAACUCUGGUUUUGGUCUGUUUGAGCACUGACUGUUUUUAACCCGUUUGACUUGGAUAGGACUGUUUCACACCAAUAAAGGGAUGGUUACUUCACGGUA